AUGCCGUCGCCGCGCCGCUGCUGCCCGUGCUCCUGCUGCUGCUGCUGCGCGGCGCCGGGACGGGGGGCGCCGGGGCAGGGCGCGGGGACCUGGUCCCGCUUCGCCCGGCUGCCCUACCCGCAAGACCAGCUUUUCCUCCACGACACCUUCCCCGACGGCUUCCUGUGGGGCGCGGGGGGCAGCCCGGGGGGGGCCUACCAGACGGUAGGCGCUGGCGCCAGGGCGGCAAAGGGCGCCUCCGUCUGGGACGCUUUCGCCCAUCCGCCGGCCACCGCCCGCCGGGGGCCGCCCGGCCGGGCUGCCGCGGGCGGCGACGUGGCCAGCGACAGCUACAACAACGUCAUCCGCGACGUCGAGGGGCUGCGGCGCCUUGGCGGGUCUCCCACUACCGCUUCUCUCGCUGUCCUAGGUUCCAGGCUUGCGCCAACGGACGGCGCCCGCCAACCUCGCCGGACUGGCGCUUACCGGCGGCUGUGCUCCGCCUGCGUGAAGGUCGGGGAAUUAUCCGUCGAGCCCGUCGUCACCCUGUACCACUGGGACCUGCCGCAGGCCCUGCAGGACGCCUUCGGAGGCUGGGCCAGCCCCGUCCUGCCCCAGCUCUUCCACGACUACGCCGAGCUCUGUUUCCGGCACUUCGGCGGGCAGGUGCGCUACUGGCUGACCAUGGACAACCCCUACGUGGUGGCCUGGCACGGCUACGGUACGGGGCGACUGCCGCCCGGAGUGCAGGGAGGCCCGCGCCUGGGAUACCUGGCGGCCCACCACCUGCUCCAGGCUCAUGCUAAAGUCUGGCAUCUCUACAAUGACCAUUUUCGUCCAACUCAAAGAGGAAAAGUGUCCAUUGCCCUUGGCUCACACUGGAUAAAACCUCAACGUAUGACUGAAAAAAACAUAAAAGAAUGUCAAAAAUCCCUUGAUUUUGUGCUUGGCUGGUUUGCUAAGCCCAUAUUUAUAGAUGGUGACUAUCCAGAGAGUAUGAAGAGCAACCUCUCAUCUCUAUUGCCUGAAUUCAGUGAAGUUGAGAAGAAGUAUAUCAAGGGAACAGCAGACUUUUUUGCUCUUUCUUUCGGAGCUACCCUGAGUUUCCAGCUUUUGGACUCACACAUGAAAUUCCAGCAGUUGGAAUCAAUCAGCCUGAGGCAACUCCUUUACUGGAUAAACAGUGAAUAUAACAAGCCCCAAAUAUUCAUUGUGGAGAACAGCUGGUUUGUUUCUGGUACUACCAAGAGAGAUGAUGCCAAAUAUAUUUACUAUCUUAAAAAGUUCAUUAUGGAAACUUUAAAAGCUGUCCGGUAUGAUGGAGUUAAUGUGUUUGGCUACACAGUCUGGUCCCUCCUGGAUGGCUUUGAGUGGCACAGGGGAUACAGCAUUCGACGUGGAUUGUUUUAUGUUGAUUUUCAAAGCCAUGACAAGAAGCUGAUGCCCAAAUCUUCUCUUUUAUUCUAUCAAAAGCUGAUACAAAAAAAUGGGUUCCCACCUUUGCCUGAAAACCAGCCCAUAGAAGGUAUUUUUCCGUGCGGCUUUGCCUGGGGAGUUGUUGACAACUACAUUCAGGUAGACACGACACCUGCCCAGUUUCUUGACUCUAGUGUUUAUGUGUGGGAUGUUCACCAGACGAAGAAGCUUAUUAAAGUGGAUGGAGUUUACACCUCGAAACGCAGGCGUCAGUGUGUUGACUUUGCUGCUAUCAGGCUCCAGAUCUCUCUUCUGCAAGAAAUGCAUGUCACUCACUUCCAUUUUUCACUGAAAUGGUCUUUAAUCCUUCCUUUAGGUAACCUUUCUCUAAUCAACCAUACACUUGUACAUUAUUAUCAGUGUUUUGCUAGUGAACUUCUCAGAGUUAACAUAACUCCUGUUGUUGCUUUAUGGCAACCUAUGAUUGAGAAUCAAGAGCUUCCGGUUUCCCUUGCCAAAUAUGGAGCUUGGGAAAACACAGAAACUGUUCAGGCUUUUGUUGAGUAUGCCAGAUUCUGCUUUACAAGUCUUGGGGACCAUGUCAAAUUUUGGAUCACCAUGAAUGAACCGUCUGUGAAAAACCUGACAUAUACCGCAGGGCACAACCUUUUGAAAGCCCAUGCGCAAGUAUGGCGUCUUUAUGACAAAGAAUUCAGGAGAUCUCAGAAGGGUAAAAUAUCUAUAGCUUUGCAAGCUGACUGGGUAGAACCAGCUUGUCCCUUUUCCAGGAAUGACCAAGAAGUUGCUGACAGAAUUUUAGAGUUCGACAUUGGCUGGCUUGCGGAGCCCAUCUUUGGGAAUGGUGACUACCCAGAGGUAAUGAGAGCAUGGCUUCACCGAAUAAACAGUGUUGACCUGUAUAAUUUUCACUUGCCUUAUUUCUCAGAAGACGAAAAGAAGUUAAUACAGGGCUCAUUUGAUUUCUUUGCCUUGAGUCACUACACUACUACCCUUGUGGGCUCGGAGAAAGAAGAUGCAGUAAAAUACGACCACUACCUUGAAGUUCAAAUGAUCAAUGACAUCACAUGGCUCCACUCUCCCAGCAGAGCUGCAGUAGUGCCCUGGGGACUGCGUAAAUUGCUCAUGUGGGUUAAAUCAAAGUAUGGCGAUAUCCCAAUUUAUGUUAUGGCUAAUGGAAUCGACGAUGACCAAAAUACAGUGCAUGAUAAGCUCCGAGUGUAUUACAUACAGAAUUACAUCAAUGAAGCUUUAAAAGCUUACACCUUGGAUAACGUUAACCUGCAAGGAUAUUUUGUCUAUUCUUUUAAUGACAAGACUGCUCCUAAAUAUGGUCUCUACAGUUACGUUGCAAAUCAAUAUGAACCAAAGCCUUCUAUGAAACAUUACAGAGAAAUAAUUGACAAUAAUGGUUUUCCUGGUCCUAAAACUCCUGAGUUGCUGUGUCCAGAACAGGUUGUCUCGUGUCCUGAAUGCCACUUCUUCCGAACCAGAAAGUCAUUAUUAGCCUUUAUCUCUUUCAUAUUUGUUGCUUUUAUUGUUACUAUAUUCUUCAUUACUUACUACUCCAAGAGGGUAGAAAGAAGGUAUAAAUAGAGCUGCCCCUUUGAAUACAUCACUCACUGUCCUUUUUCUUGCAUCCCUGUGGGAAAUCUGAAAUAAGUGCACAAUUGCUGAUUGCUUCAGCAUUUACAUUGCCUGAUACUGCAGGACAUUGACAUUGAGAAGAGAUUGCUAGCAUAUGGCUUCCAGAAAUAAUUUUCUCUGGUUUAGUACAUUUGGUUUAUGACCAGUCCUUAAUUCCUGUGGUUGGAGUUGUAUCACAAUUUUCCCUGGAACCUUUUGUUGAGCAGAUGUUUUCCCCUUCUUGGUUUUGCCUUGCUGAGUUGGACAGGUUUAAGUAUAUUUUGAAAAUGUGGGGUGAUGGAAGAGUCUGAAUGUCAAAUUCUCCAAGAGAAGACUGGGUUGAAACAAAAUGGCUUACUUUUCCAUAUUAGGGUUUAAUGCUGAUGUUGCUUAAGCAGAACCAGAACCUGACUGGAGCAGGGAUUGUGACUGAGAAGAAAGAUGGGAGAGAAUUGCACAAAGCAGUGCCAGGGUAAAGAACACCUCCUUUCCUAAAGCAGAUGCAGGGAGAGGAGCAGGGGGAAAUGAGUCUGUGCUGCUGGGAACUCUGGGUAAAUCAGUUAACUACUACUGAGGCUGCAUCUGACUUCAGGAUGCCAGUGGGGAACUUCAGCUAAAGGAACUGUGUCUUUCUUGGGGGAAAAGAAGCAGGAAUAUGUCUGGGGAUUUCAGGGGUCAUGCCAUCUUGCUGGGAAGAGAUGGGAAGGGCUUCUCUUUGAUUUGCUCAGAAAAAAAAAAAAGCAAAGAGCAGGAACUGGGAUGUCUUUCAGUUGGCAGAAAGCUGCAUGCCUGACCCUGUACCCUGUUGCCCUGUACCCAGGGACAUGGCAGGCCUAGGGCACCCCAUUCCUCCUCAGAGCAAGUUGCACAGAGCUGUCACUCUGCUGCUACCUGGCUACUUACCUGCUGGAAACUUGUGGUAACUUAGUAGGAUGGUCUCUGCGUGCCAUUUGUGUUGAGCGCAGAGACUUUAACUCCCAGUAUUUUGGUGUAGUAGUCCAGCACUUUAUUGCUGCUUUUGCCAGGGUCUGAGUCUGUGGAGCUGUUGGUCCAAGCCUCUUACAAGCUGGUUGGAGGUUCUCCUUUGAGCAACUGGCCCUGGCAGCAUUUCAUCCCAAAGUAUUAUUGAAUGUCUGAGGGCCUCUUGUUUUUCUCUCAGCAAGAUAAAAUAGCAAAGUAUUAGCAUAAUUUUUUAUUAGUAGAAGUAGAGAGAGAAUGGGAAAAAGUCCCAUGUUAUUUUGCCUGCCUUGUGAAUUACUGCAUUAGGAGGGUCCUCAGUAUAAAGCAGUGUGGUCAUUUUUCUCCGUUCUCUGAACUCUAGGCCUGCAUUGCCUUCAGCUAUAAUUGUAUUUUUAUUGCUAUGUGAAUGAUGUCACUCACUGGAAAGAAUAUUUUAAAGGAAAUGUGCUUUGUGUUAAUUAAGAAUUAUUUAUCUACUAAAGCUGAUUAUGCUGUAUUUAAUGUGAUGUUUAUCUACUAGAUUACUAGAAGAUGACUAAAUGACCUCCCAGGGUUCCUUUUAAUCUGAAAACUCUGAUUCUAUGAUUCUAUACUGUAAAUUAAAACUUACCUAUGAAAUACUAUUUUAAUUUGUAAUUUAAGAUUAUAUUUUUCUUGAAUUAUGCAUAGAAAUAGAAAAGAAUUAGUAUCUUAUCAUAAUGAUUAAUAUAUUUGUCCUCUAGAUCUAGUCUUAAAAUGGUCUCUCUUUGCAUUAAUGUAUAUUUUGGUAUUGAGAUUAAGGUCAAAAAUUCAGUGUAAGUGAUGAAGUAUUAAAAAACGUAUAAAAAUUAUUUAUAGACUGAUAGGAUUUGCUGAAGAAGAGAACAUUUCAAACUGCUGUAUAUUUAUUUGUUGGUGCCUGGUGCACUGUGGAGAAGAAAUAGCUCUCCCUAAAUAUAUGAAAUGCCAAAUGGCUUUCUCUAUGGCAUGGCCAUGAAUCACCUUGCAAUGCAUUACACCAGCAGUCAGAUGCCUUUGCAGUAUGUAACAAAAUGUGAUAUUCAUUUAACACAAAAUGGACCCAGGUCACGCCCAACUUAUUUGUUACAUGUGUGUGUGUGUGUAUGUUAUAUAUUUUGCUGUUGGUAAUACAAAAUGAGUCUGAGCCUGGUCUUUCUGAGAAGCCAGGCAUACAUACCUCCCCUGAGUUUGAGGGGAUUCAAGGGGCCUGGGCAGGGCAAAUCUGGAAGAGUGCAGGUGCCAUGCUGGUGGGCACUGGUCUGUCCUGCUGCUUCACUAGCAGUUACCAUUCAUCCAGUCUCUGCUGCGUGCUGUGGAAUGGCCCAGCCACAGCACAGUGUGUGAAAAAGCAGCCCCAGCACGGAGGAGACCCGGCAGGCUCUUCCCAUAGAGGCUGGGUGAUAUGUAACCACUGACAGGCAGAUGGCACCAGCUGGAUAUCUAAUUUGUAGGUAAAUUGGGAUUUGUUGCUGUAUAAUCGUAUCAUCUCAUGGUGCCGUGACCCGUGGAACUAACGCAGCCUUUGGUGCAAUUGCCUUCAGAACAGUUUUUAAAUAUUGCUGCAGAGUAGUGACUGGCUUGAGCUGGGCACAGCAGUUGCCAAAGCCUUCUCCUAAGCAUCCUGCCUGUGGUGCUGCCUGUGCAUGGCAGUGUGCAGCUCUCAGACAGCGAAUUGCAUAAUGAUGGGCUACGGAAAAUACACGCUGGUCUGAUGGAGAUAGUGGUAUGGUUUUGCCUUGGGAAUCUGCCUCAUUUUGUGUAAUCAGGGUCCAGUGUGAGUUUCCUGUCAAAUCUUCUAAAAAAACCUCACCCUUCACUUACAAAGAAGCCCCUGAAUAGGCAAAGACUGCACACCCGUUCAAGGAGAUCCGCCGUGUGCUUGUGCAAACCGAUGCGGUAAUCACCUCCUGCAAUCCAGCCGUGGGCUGUGGGGCACUUGCUCCCUUCAGUGCUCAUAUGUGAGCAGUGAUCUGGCACUUCCCCCAUCUGUGCAUCCAGGGCAGAAAUGCCGACAGUAGCGAGGACUUUGAGCAGAGGGGACUCCAUAGUCAGUCUGCAAAGACAGCUUGGUGGAGGAUGGUGGUUUAUUUUCUGAAGAGCAACAGGGCUCUGCAUGUUUAACAUGCAGUUUCUUAGGUAGACUACUUUAUUUUUAACUGUGUUUCUAGAAUGAAAUGUUGUUACCA